AUGUCUUAUUUCGUCAAUUCUCUUUCUGAAGAAGACCAGGAGUUCGAGGAAAUAAAAAACGCAGCUGCUGAAUUUUACCGGGCUAACAAAGUACCCGAGGAACUCGAGAAAGCUCUGGGCGAGCUUUUCUUCAGCAACCCCCAGGACGUCCACGGCUACCUGGCAAACUACUUCACAAACCUGUCACCACAACCCCUAAUCAACAGACUGAAUGGAAGGGAGGCCUAUGAUUCAAAAGGGCAGCCAUGUGCUGAGGCUGAAAUCUUUUGCAUCAUCUGCAAUAAAGAAACGAGGAUGGCCGCUGCUGCAAUUUCCAGCCACCUUGGACAAAAAGAGUCUGUUCUAGAAUGGCAAACAAAGAGUGAGGAAAGAAGGCACCAUGUCAUGAGUGCUGUUCAAUGGAUAGCUGAACCUCUGAAUCAAAUGCUGAAGGAACAGAACCCUUGUAACCAAUUAGAAGUUGACCAGGAGCUCAGCAAUUUUUUCGCGGUUCGCCAGCAGGAGGAGAAAGAAAUGAGGGAAAAUGAGGAGCAGGCUUCUAUCAGUGAACAGGAGGUGGAGGUUGUAGCUUCACCAUCUGAAAAGAAGAAAGACAAGAAGGCUGAUAAAAAAAAAAAGGCUUCAGACAAGCCGUUUAUUCCAGCAGAGCCACCUGAACCAAUUUUGCCUGGUUGCUUAGCUAUUGGUUCAGUAUCUUUGGCUGUGGCAAAGAGUGCAGCCAAGAUCAAGGACACUCCACUAUACAAGUACAUCCGAGCCCUAAAAAACCCAGAGGAUGAAACUGGAUUUCACAUUCCUUUCUGCCUGGUCACUAUACUAAGCUGUGGGAAGACUUCUCCCGGAAAAUUGAACUUGCUGGAAGAGGUUAUACUGGUCCACAGCACAGGACUGCAACUCAAAGAAAUUGUCACAAUGACAACACACUUGCAGAAGGAAAUGAUGAGAAUAAUAACCAUGUCAUCAAAAGCUGGGGUCACCCAGGCCAUUCUGAGUGACAGAGGUGUGAUGCCCGUGAACUUUGAUCGUCCUGAACAAGUACUGGACCUGAUCAAUGACGCCUGUAAUAACCUUGAACUUGAACUAGGAACGGACAUGCAUCUGGUUUUGAACUGCGCUGGCACUGACCUCAUGGACUAUACCAAAGAAAAGUAUGAGAUUGCAACAGGAUCUUUUAAGACUCCAGAUGAGCUUGUGACCAUUUAUCAAACCCUUAUUAACAAAUAUACCGCAGUGGUGGCUAUAAUUGACCCAUUCAGGAAGGAGGAUCGAGAACAGUGGGAAAAACUGAGCACUAUGAUUGGAGAUUCGUGCGUGCUUCUGUCUGAAGCGACUAACAAGCCGCAGGCUCCACCACUUCCUGGAGUGACAGGUCUAAUCUUAAAACACAUCAACGAGAUGACUGUCAGCGACUUGAUCCGCAUUACAUCCGAGCAAAAAGGUUCCAUUCUUAUGGGGACAGCAAGCAACGAGCCCUGUGAUGACGCCUCCCUGUCAGACAUAGCUGUGGGUCUGGGCAUGGACUAUGUCAAACUGGGAGGUCUGUGCAGUGCCGAGAGGAUGACUAAAUACAACAGGCUGAUUUCUAUAGAGGAAGAGCUGGCCCAACAAGGGAUCCUGGUUUCCAAGGAAAAACACUGCCUGCCCCUUUUCCAUAAAUUAGAAGAGGAGGAGGAUGAAGAGGAGGAGAAAGAAGAAGAAGAAACAACUUGA